AUGACUAAAACCAAAUCUAAUAAAGUCAAUACUUCAAAGGAAACCAUCCCAAAAAAAAGAAUCGAAAAUGCUGUAAAAUCCAUUGAAAAAUAUUUAAAAGAUAAAAAAAUUGAAAUUUCUGAAAGGAAUCAAAAAGUAUUGUUAGAAGACGAUGAAGAAGAAUUAUUAGACAGUUUACAACUAAUUGCCAUUAACAACAAAACAUUUACAGGUACUCCAAAUAAAUUAAUAUUUAAGCCAUUGUUACUCCCAGUUGAAAAUUCCUUGUAUUCAAAAUGGUUAAAAGCUUCUGUUGAUUUACCAAAAGAUUUCCAGACUUUGUUGAUUUUGAAGGAAAAUGAUGCUGAAAAGUUAAAUUUGGAUAUUGAUAAUGAAGAAUCUAUUUUAUAUAAAUUAAAAGAAAAGGAAGGUAUUGUUAUUAAUAAUGUUAUCACUGGUAAAGAUUUGAAGACUACAUACAAAUCUUUUGAGAAGAGAAGAGUUUUCAUAAACACUUUUAGUUUGAUUUUAACCGAUGAUUCUUUGGUUACAACUUUACCAAAAUUAUUAGGUAGUAAAGCUUACAACAAAAUUACCACUACUCCUAUACCUAUUAAGACACGUAAUGGUAGUAAUAGCAAGCAUACUUUGAGUGAAACGGUAUUGUAUAAUUCUAUUAAAAAAAUAUACUUGAAUAAAAUACCAGCUAAAGUUCCAAGAGGUACCACUAUGAAUAUUCAUCUAGGUGCCUUAAACUGGUUUACUAAUAAGGAAAUGGUGGAAAAUAUUGAAUCUAUUACUAAGUUUCUACUUUCAAAUAAACAAUAUUCUUUGAGAACCAUUUUAUUGAAAUCUAAUUUUUCACCUGCAUUGCCAUUAUUUUUCAAUGAAGAAUCUAUCAAAGAUUUAUAUGAAAAGGAAGAAGCAUCCGAAAUUACCAAUGAACACAACACAAUUGAAAUUGAUGGAGUUACAAUUGAGUUGUCUAAUUUUAAUAAGGCGUUAUUGGAAAUUUCUAACCCUGAUGAGUUGUCUACGGUAUUUUCCAAAGAAAUAAAUAAAGCCAAGAAGAGAAAGAUGGAUGAAGAAAAUCAAAAAAUAGAAGAAGAGUCUCAAAAAUCGAAAAAAUCAAAGAAAAAUGAAAGUUAA